GGGCGGGAAGGAAAAGGGAGAAACGGUAUGCCAAUUGCAGGCUAAAUGAAGAGAUGGAGAAAGGGCGGAGCAGAGACAGGACCUUUCCCAGCUGCCGGUUUCCGUUCGGCGGGGAAAAUACCCCCAUAAUGCCCUGCGGGGCGGUCCCUCCCCUUUAAGGCGCGGAUGUCGUUGCUAUUGGCGGCGGUUGGGGGCGCGGAAACUGAACUGCCGGAACUUCGGGCCGGCCGGCGCUAUGGCGGCCCCCUGCUUGGAUGAUCCAUCAUUGGAGAGAAAUUUCAGAGGCCACAAAGAUGCUGUCACCAGUGUGGACUUCAAUUUCAACAUGAAGCAGUUAGUAAGUGGCAGCAUGGAUUCAUGUUUGAUGAUCUGGCACAUGAAACCUCAUAUGAGAGCCUAUCGUUUUGUGGGGCAUAAAGACGCAGUGAUGUGUGUUCAGUUUUCCCCUUCUGGUCACCUUGUGGCAUCAGGAUCUAGAGAUAAAACUGUCCGAAUAUGGGUGCCAAAUCUCAAAGGUGAAUCUACAGUUUUCAGAGCUCACACAGGAACUGUAAGAAGUGUCCAUUUUUCCAAUGAUGGUCAGUCAUUGGUGACAGCCUCAGAUGACAAAACAGUAAAAGUGUGGACAGUGCACCGCCAGAAAUUUUUGUUCUCAUUCAGCCAGCACAUCAACUGGGUCCGCUGUGCCAAAUUCUCUCCUGAUGGAAGGCUGAUCGUGUCUGCCAGUGAUGAUAAAACUGUCAAGCUGUGGGAUAAGACUAGCAGAGAAUGUGUGCAUUCCUUUUGUGAACAUGGCGGGUUUGUCAAUUAUGUGGACUUCCAUCCCAGUGGUACAUGCAUCGCUGCUGCUGGUACAGAUAACACUGUCAAGUUGUGGGACGUCAGGACCAACAGGCUUCUUCAGCAUUAUCAAUUGCACAGUGCCGUGGUAAAUGCCCUUUCCUUUCACCCGUCCGGAAACUACCUGAUCACAGCUUCCAGUGACUCAACACUGAAGAUUCUAGACUUGAUGGAAGGCAGGUUGUUAUAUACUCUUCAUGGCCAUCUGGGGCCAGCUACCUGUGUUGCCUUUUCAAGAUCAGGGGAAUUAUUUGCUUCUGGAGGUGUUGAUGAGCAAGUGAUGGUAUGGAGGUCUAACUUUGAUGCUACUGAUUAUGGAGAUCCCCUGAAGAACCACAGAUCUGGCAGUGCAGGGGGCUAUGCAAAGAGUCCGCCAGAAAUGGAUUUCUCAGAGACUUCCCUCAGAACGAAAGCUCAGGAUCCUAUCAGGAGCCCACAGGCAGAUGUAGUCACCCUUCCUCCAACCAUUACCAACACCCUGGAACAUAUCGUGGGCCAGUUGGAUGUUCUCACCCAGGUGGAUUCAGAAGAUCUCCUAGCAAGAUAAGGUACUCGACACUGAGGUCCUUGCUCAAGCUGACCCCUGCCAAGCAUUCAAAUUCUACUGCAGAGCUGGCCAUGUUAUUAGAAUGCCAAACUUGCCUAAAAGACUAUUUUAUGGAGAACUCACACAAGUCAAGCACUCAGAAGUCAGAAGAAGUCUCUCUAAAGUCUCUCUAAAGAACUUUGGGAUUGCUUGUGAGACAUGGAAGACACUGUCAGAGGACUGCCAACCAUUAGUGUGCCUACAUCAAAAAAGGCACUGUGCUCUAAGAGCAAAGCAGAAUUACAGUAGCUCAAAAGAAACGUGAAAUGUAUAAAUUUAGAGACAGCUCCACUCCAAAUGCUCACAUGGAUUCUUUUUACCUGAUCUGUGGUAAAGCCUUCGGAGCUCAUAUUGGUCUGAUCAGCCACAGUUGGGUACACUGUACCUUGACCCCAAUGUAAUGGUGUUAUUUUGGUCUUCUUUGAGCAUGAAAGACAACAGCCAACCAACCAUACACCUGAUCAAUAUGUUUCUGAGCUAUUCUUAGAGAUAUCUUGGAAAGGAGUCUCCACAACUACGUUUUGUGGCCUAAUAAUGUAUUGUGUAGGGUGCCAUAUGCUAAUCGGAUUCUUUGCUUGUCUGACAGAGCUGUAGUUGACCGCAUGAAGGAAAAUGAAUGAUGGGACAGAUAAUUCCCUAGUCAUAUGUUUAGCUUUGGAAUGUAUUUCCAGGAAUUGAUCAUAACUGGUUUAACAUCCUCAGCUAUGUUUUGUUUUCUCUUUUUCAGUUCUCUUUUUCAUUCUCAUCAAUCAGCCUGUUCUAACCUGGGGCUCAUCAACUUUUUAUUUAAAUUUUGGUAACUAUAUUUCAGUAUAAUUGGUUUCCUUUAUAA